AAGUGCCAGGAGUUUACUUAAUUAUGCCCUAAAAGAUGAACAUUUGUUGCCCUAAAAGAUAAAGAGUUGUAGUCUUUAAGAAGAUGCAUAAUGUAGAUUAAUCCAUUUGAAGGAAAAGGGUGCUUUGAUCUAUUUGCUUUUACUUCAAUUGGAUGAAAAUUUAGCUGAAGAUUUUCUCUCCUUUUUGGGUUCUAAAUUCAUUUCUAAAUAUGUUUAAUUUCUCCAACUCUUUUCCUUCUCCAAUCAAUGGCUUCCCUCAUUCUUCUACUGUCUUUUUUGGUCAAGAAAAAGAUGGCGUUCAUUUCAACCACCACCCAUUUAUCGCCGGAGAUUGCUCUUUUGAUCAUGUUCAAACUCCUUUACCCAUUAAAGCAUCAAGUAUACAAAAUUCUGAUAAUCGUAAUCAUCUGAAUCUUUCAGAAUCAGUGAACUCUCCCUCUAGAAAGCGAGUUGCAGUUUCAAAGAAAGAUCGACACAGUAAGAUCUUCACAGCUCAAGGUCCCAGAGAUCGGAGGGUGAGAUUAUCAAUUGAGAUUUCAAGAAAGUUUUUUGGUCUUCAAGAUUUGCUAGGGUUUGAUAAAGCAAGCAAAACCCUUGAUUGGCUCUUUACGAAAUCGAAGUCCGCCAUUAAAGACUUGCUUGAAGAAAAGAAGCACACGUUAUCUCCUUCCACUCUUACUGAUCAAUGUGAAGAAGUUUUCAUGGAGAAAGGAGAUCAUGUCGAAAAGAAGGGAAAAAAGAAGAAACCAGUAGCUGCUAAGUACGUUAAUGGCGUCAAAAGGAAGAAGAAAACAACACCAAAAAAUAUGAAAACUGGAUUUCCUAUAAAUCUUGCAGCUAGAAUCCAGUUAAGAGCAGAGGCAAGAGCAAGAGCUAGGGAAAGAACAAUCGAAAAAUCCCGAAACAAAAACCUGGAAAACAUCGACUCCAAGAAUGUUCUUGAUGAUCGUAAUUACUGCUAUCUUCAAUCACAAAGUAACCACGAACCCAAAAUUGGGGAAUCAUUCAUGGAGCAAAAGCUUCCAAAGCCAUACUCACUUCUGUAUACUUCCCACCACAACUUCGUUGGAUCAAAAGAUUCAAUCUCCCAGUUUAAGAACAAUCUCCAUUGAUCUAGAUCUUGAAGAGCCGCCGGAUCUAUUACUGAUCAGUGCAAAAGAUCUUGUCGAUGAUGGAGCGAUAUAUACUUAAGGAUGUAAGUCCAUAAAUGUUGUUGAUUAAACAGUUAAUCCAUUUUACUAUAUUUUUUAUGCCUUUUGAGUGUUUGUAACUUUGAUCUAUCUACCAAAUAUAUGACACUCGUGAU